AUUAUUUCAAUUCCUCCUCAGUCUUUCCUACACCUCGCCUAAAACCGAUCUAAAAUGGGUAGUGUCCAGCUCAUAUUUUCGUAGACGCAGUCCUGUUAUUUGCUCUUAUCGAGACUGUAUGGAAAUUGGAUUCUAAAUUGUCCAGGUCUUCGUAAUCAACGCACUAUUAUUUUCAUAAGCAAAUUUGGAAACAUGAAGUUUCUGCAAAAAUUGUUGGUUCUUUCUGCUUUAACAACAAUUGUUAUUGCACAAUCAUGUCCACCCCUCCAGCCUCCAGAGGGUGUGGUCUUUCAAUGCAUUGAUUCCUCGAAUAAUGGGACUUUGGACUGCUUGUCCGGAAAUAUUACCAAAGGAGCCUUGGCACAAUAUCGGUGUAAAAAUGAGAGUGAUACAAAUUGGGCAAAUUCUACCAUGAAGUGUUGUCGAGGGCGUUGGAAGGGACUCGACGCAUUCAACGAGUUUGCAAAUUCCUCGUGCAGCUCCCUUCCGAUGAUACUUCCUCAAAGUAAUUCGACAGGCCCAGACGAAAAUGAGUCAUCUACACAACCGACCAACAUGGAGGGGAAUGAAACAUCAUCCUCAACUUCUUCAUCUACGGCUUUGACUUCCAACGAUACUUCGAGUCCAGCCCCGCCAACAGGGAACACCACAAAUAGUGGAAAUUCUACGGAUGUUGUGGGAUCAACCGAGCCAACUAUUGAGAAAUCACGGGCAAUAGAUCUCACAAAGGGUGUCUCAAAUUCCAGUGAUGCUGGAAAUGCAACUACUACGCCCCAAUCUGACCCUGCAUCAAACGCUUCUCUGCCACUUUCUCUUACCACUUCUGACAACUCUUCAUUGACCACAACUCCUUCUCCGUCCGGCGAUAAUCUAAACGCAUCUUUGUCUUCAUCAUCUCCUGCUCCUUCAGACCCUGGGUCAACCGUGUCAAAUUCCUCUGACUCUUCUUCAUCUUCCUCCUCAACGAUUUCUUCUUUGGCAACAACAACCCCGAUGUCAUCCGAAAAUUCCUCGCCUUUAACAUCAGAGUCUUCAUCAGGUUCAUCGACAACACCUGCUUCAGGGAAUGGCUCUACCAGUUCUAACGAUACUUCGACACAAAUGAGUUCCACUACUAGUGCUUCUACUGCUGACAAUUCCUCUACAACAACGGCCGUAUCCACCAGCUCAUCACAACCCACACCGUCGAAUUCAUCCGAGACAUCGACCACCGUACCAUCAGUAGCAGGAGAAACCACCGGACAAAUUCCGCCCACGAAUACUACUUUAAUUAUUGAUGACACAGAAAGUCGUCAGUCAAAGGAUUUGAAACUUUCCCCAGGUGCAACCGGAAAUGCUACAAAAAAUGGAACUUCUGAUAACUCCAACAGCACAGUGGAAAGAUCGACUCCUGCAAUACCGACAGUUGGAGCAAGCUUAACAAUCACAAAUUCUUCAACCGCAUCCAAUUCUAGCGGUGGAGAGUCAACGACUACACCAUCACCUGCAAAUAGCAGCACUACGUCCUCCUCCUCUUCCUCGGGGGCACCCUCUUCCUCGUCAUCUGCGGCAUCCGAUUCUACAUCGACCACAAUUGCUCCAGAAAAUUUAAGCAAUGGAAAUGGGAGUGCUGGAAGAGGAGAUGGAAAUUCCACCACAGAUUUUAAAACAUUGGCCCUCAAUCUGCAUAAUAAAUUAAGAACGAGCCACCGUUGCCAACCAUUAGUUUUGAAUGAAACGCUGAACCAAAUAGCUCAAAGCUGGGCUGAAAAUCUUAUGAACCAAAGCAAAUUAGUGGCUACGCCAGGAAAGCGAUCGUAUUCUGAAAAUCUCUUCAAGAUUUCCGGUGGCGACAAAAUCUCAGAAACUGAAGCUAUUGAAGGUGCACUGAAAUCUUGGUCAUCCAGUAAAAGCUGGUUUAACUACACCAACCCCAAGCCAACUGGUUUCAGUCAAAUUCUUUGGAACGCCACAACCCAGCUUGGAAUUGGUUUGGCAAGUGGAAAUGACUCUACCAUCGUGGUGGCAACUUAUUAUCCUCGGGGAAAUAUUGUCUCAAAGGCGGAUCCUAAUUUUUACUUUAAGAAGAAUGUGUUUCCAGAAAUCAGCAAUGCAACACAGGUUUCUCCCGUGACUGGAAAUAGCACGUCCACCACUGACGGACAAAAUACGUUGACAAAUAAUUCAACAACUACCACCUAAAAUCUAUUAUUUGUCAUGUGCCUAUAUUUCAUUUCGAUGUACGAUCGAGCCAUCGUCAACUUUUACAUCCCGUAUUUCUUAUAAAAAACUUGAAACUAAAAUUAUCAUUUGACAAAUAAUACAAAAAUAAUUCAUCUGUUUUGACAUUUCA